GCUAAUAGUUUAUAUUCAGAGAACUUAAAGUUGUCAGAUAUUUUUAAAGAAAUUAACCUGAUAUGUCUUGCUCAGUUGGCUACUCGUUCUUUUAAGCCUAUUAUAACUUUUUCUGUGACAUCAGCAUAUCUGUACAUGGAUUCUACAUUUUGUAACGUGACAAAAUGCUAUGAUUUUUUUUUUUUUUAGUUUAGCGUUUUUCUCAUCAAUGUCUUUGUUAUGUGAAAUGUAAUUAUAAAAGCAAUUUCGUAUGUCAGCAACUUUUGAAACACUCUUUUAGUUUGGUUAGAAAUGGGAUAGGGCAGGUUUACCUAUUUCUGUCCAUGGUGCUGCAAUGUCAGCUAUCUCUUUUUUUUUUUUUUUUUUCCUCUUGGGUGGGGGGAUAGCCUACUAAAACACUGCAGUCGUGUUAAUCUUCCAUUCGUCAGGGAAUGUUCCUGCCGGCUCUUGUUUUGCUAAAAAAAAAAUAACCAUGUAACCAUUUACACUUUAUACUGUCAUAUAAUUAAUGUUAUGCAGUAACUUCUUUUAACUCACAGUGUCGCUGUUCACCUGCAAUACAAUGUGUGGCUUCAGUACACAUCUCUCCUCCCUGUUUGUGAUGUCAUACACGGUUUCAGUCUCGUCUAGUUACAGAAAAUCAUCGACGGAGACUGCUUAUUGCGAAUAUUGUCCUUCUGGCUAUUAUUCUACAUUAUUCUACAUUUGUGUUGUCUUUUAAAUGUUAAUAGUUGUAUUGCUGGAUUUAAUUUCUACUAAAGCAUUUUAAAGGUUCUGCUGUGCUUUUGAGAUGUUUGGUCUUUUGUUCUUCGUGCUGAUGGCGCACACCGCUUAUGGAGACGUGAGCUAUUCUUUCCCCGAGGAGAUGAAACGCGGAUCUGUGAUUGGAAAUAUAGCAAAGGAUCUCGGACUCGAUGUGAACAGACUGUCAUCCCGUAAGGCUCGCAUUGAUACUGAAGGUAACAGAAAACGAUACUGUGACAUUAAUCUGAAUACUGGAGAACUGACCGUAGCGGAGAGAAUCGACAGAGAGGGACUUUGUGGAAAGAAAGCUUCAUGUGUUAUUAAACAGGACCUGGUUUUGGAAAAUCCUCUUGAAUCACAUCGCAUUAACAUAAACGUUCAAGAUGUAAAUGACAAUUUUCCUUUGUUUAAAAGAGAUGUAAUAAAACUUGAGAUCAGAGAGUCGGCUGUAAAAGGGGCUCGUUUUUUGCUCGAGGAGGCUCACGAUGCAGACAUAGGGACUAAUUCGGUUCAAACGUAUAAUUUAGGGAAGAAUGAAUAUUUUGAAUUGGCUGUUACUGCUAAAACAAUAGGAAAAAUGUAUGGUGAGCUAGUACUUAAUACAGAGCUAGAUCGUGAGCAGCAACAGGAGGUGACAUUAAUUCUUACUGCGGUAGACGGCGGGACUCCGCCGAGAUCAGGUACUGUAGCCAUACACGUCACUGUGCUGGAUGCUAAUGAUAAUGCUCCAGUCUUUAGUCAGGCCGUCUAUAAAGUCAGUCUGCCUGAAAAUUCUCCUGUAGAUACUGUAGUGGUGACAGUGAGCGCUACUGAUGCUGACGAGGGACAAAAUGGAGAAGUGACAUACGAAUUUGGGCAUAUUUCAGAAAAUGACAUGACAAUUUUUUCUCUCGAUCAAAAUAAUGGAAAAAUAACUUUAAUAGAAUCUCUUGACUAUGAGGACGAGUCCUCUUUUGAACUACCAAUUCAAGCCACCGAUGGACUUGGAAUGGUAUCAUAUGCAACAGUUGUUAUUGAGAUAUCUGACAUUAAUGAUAAUUCCCCCGUUAUAGUAAUUAAAUCACUAAAUAGCCCCGUUCCUGAGAACGCGUUACCCGGUACAGAGGUUGGCAUCAUUAAUGUUCAGGACAGAGACUCUGAGAAUAACGGACAGGUGCGCUGCUCCAUUCAGCAGAACGUCCCAUUUAAACUCGUUCCUUCAAUCAAAAAUUACUAUUCUCUGGUGACCACAGGUGAAUUAGACCGCGAGCUGCUCUCUGAUUAUAAUCUUACAAUCACUGCUACUGAUGAGGGCUCUCCGCCUUUAUCUUCCACUAAGAAUAUUCACUUGACUGUUGCUGACGUGAAUGAUAAUCCACCUGUAUUUCAGGAGCACAAUUACAGAGCUCAUGUGCAGGAAAAUAACAAACCGGGCUCCUCUAUUUGUUCAGUAUCAGCUACAGACCCGGACUGGAGACAGAAUGGCACUGUAGUUUAUUCUCUGUUGUCCUCUGAUGUCAAUGGCGCACCGGUGUCUUCCUUUCUAUCCAUUAACGGAGACACCGGGGUCAUCCAUGCCGUGAGAUCGUUUGAUUACGAACAGUUGAAGAGUUUCAAAGUGCUCGUGUUAGCCAGAGACAACGGUUCUCCUCCUCUGAGCAGUAACGUGAGCGUGAGUGUCUUCAUAUCGGAUGAGAAUGACAACUCCCCUCAGAUAUUAUACCCCUCUCCGGAAGGAAACUCCUUCAUGACCGAGAUGGUGCCCAAAGCUGCGCAGGCAGGCUCCCUGGUCUCCAAGGUGAUCGCCGUGGACGCGGAUUCUGGCCAGAACGCGUGGCUCUCGUAUCACAUUAUUAAAGCGACUGAUCCGGGACUUUUCACUAUCGGUGUCCACAGCGGGGAGAUCAGGACGCAGCGGGACAUUUCUGAAUCUGACAGCAUGAAACAGAACCUUAUUGUGUCCGUGAGAGAUAACGGACAGCCCUCUCUCUCAGCCACGUGCGCGUUGUAUUUACUCAUAUCAGAUAACUUGGCUGAAGUUCCAGAACUGAAAGACAUAUCUCAUGACGAGAGCAGCUCCAAACUGACGUUUUAUUUGAUCAUCGCGCUGGUGUCCGUUUCCACUUUCUUCCUGACCUUCAUCAUCAUCAUCCUGGCCGUGAGGUUUUGUCGCAGCAGAAAGCCCAGACUGUUGUUUGAUGGAGCUGUAGCCAUUCCCAGCGCGUAUCUCCCUCCAAAUUACGCAGAGGUGGAGGGCGCGGGAACUCUCCGCAGCACUUACAAUUAUGACGCGUACCUGACCACGGGCUCGCGCACUAGUGACUUCAAGUUCGUCAGAUCUUAUAAUGAGGGCACACUGACUCCUGACCUGACUCUGAAAAAGACGCAACCCUCCGAUGAUCUUAAUGAUAUUGCCGAGGGAAUAGAGAUUGUUUCACAGGUAUGUUAAGUUUUUUUUUUUUUUGUUUGUUUGUUUGUUUUUUUUACCGAUAUGACUUGUUUUUUGGUUUGCCUCAAAAAGGAUUUUGUGGUAGCAGAAACAAUUUAGAAAAAUUUGAAUGGAAUUAGUUCAUUCAAGCACGAAAUUGAAAAUAUUAGGAUGUAUUUCUAUACAAUUUAAGCAUGUAGAAAUCAAAGUUCUAAAAUAUAAGUAAAUAGAAGUGUCUGCUAUAUUUGAGUUCUCAGAGUACUUGGACUUACUGUUUUUAACCGAAUUCUGGCAUAAAGAAAAUGAUAGACUCCUGCUUAUCCAGAUUCCAGGUUUUGGAAUUUUAGAUCUAGCAGAGGCAGCAGCAUUAUUGCGGUUUACAACUUGCAGUUCAAUUCAAGCACUGUGUCUGAUCCUCAGUUUUCAUCAUUUGAAUGUUUGGCGUUGAGUAUUUCUGCUUCUACUUCUACAAUCAUCGCUACAGUCUACAAACCACCUAAGACUAAGUCACAUGCAGUGUUUAUGUCAGAUUUUGCUGUUUAUCUCUAAGUGUUGACCCUGAAGUUCCACAGAAUUCUUAUUGUGACUUAUUUAUUCAUGGACCAAAGUGACUACGAUGGCUAAGAAAUAUUUAUUGCUACUUGACUGUUUUAAUGAAUUGGUAACUGGCCUGACUUACUG